AUGGAUCAAGCUCUAAACAAAGAUAUCCCCUACCCACGCCAAGUUCUCCAAAUGUCCGGCAGCCCGGACACCAUUAACCCGUUGGCGCCAUGCCCGCCACAAACCGUCAUCCUCAUUAAGGACAAAGGACUGGAUGCCUAUGAAGAGGCAAAACGAGAAGUGACCCGAGUCGUCCCGCCGGACUGCCCGAAGAACCGGAGGAAGGUCGAGCGGGCGUUCAAGGGCAUCGACAUGGUGAAGAAUAUUGAAGACCGAGGACACAAGAUCAUCCACGAUUCGAUUGAUCGCUACAAGAGGGCUCAUGGCAGCUCAGUCGAUGAACUUCCACCACCUGUGCUCUCCGAAUCAGCUCGUGACCGCAUCGAGGAAAAAGAAUACCCCGACCCGAUCGCCUUCACCUCCUUGCCCUCCCAG